AGGGAACCUAACAGGUCAUAACACUGCUGAGGUGUGGGGCGUGUGCGAAACCAUUUUAUUUCAGUGCACAGAGUCACCAGCAGGGCACAACACAGAAUGGUUUCAUAAGCAGUGUGGACAGGGUCUCACUUGAAAACAGCUGUAAUUUCCAUGUGUCCAGGGAUGCUAGUACCUCUCUUCAGGUUGGAGAAUGCUUCAUCAGUUCCAGACAUCAUAAGCAACUGGCAACUUGCUCCAUGCCCAGGGGAAACAAAAUCUCCAAGUCUGGAAUGACUUUUAACACUACAAAAUAUUACACCCCAAGAGAACGCAAGAAGACCAUUGACUGUGAUGACACACUUGCUAAGGACCAGAGAUUCCUUACUGGAAGACAGUGCUUUUUGUGUUCUGAAUGUGGGAAGUCUUUUACCAGAAUUUCUUCCCUCCGUGUUCAUCAGAGAGUUCACACUGGAGAAAGGCCUUAUAAGUGUGGUGAAUGUGGGAAAUCUUUUAUGCAAAACAUAACCCUCCGUCAUCAUCAGAUACUUCACACAACAGAAAAGCCUUUUAAGUGUGCUGAAUGUAGCAAAUGUUUUAUCAAUAGCUCUCGGCUUCGUGAACAUCACAGAGUUCACACUGGAGAAAGGCCUUAUAAGUGCGAUACAUGUGGGAAAUCUUUUACCCGUAACUCCUCCCUUCAUCAUCAUCACAGUGUUCACAGAGGAGAAAGGCCUUAUAAGUGCAAUGAAUGCGGAAAAUCCUUUAUUCAUAGCUCUGACCUUCGUCUACAUCACAGAGUUCACACUGGAGAAAGGCCUUAUGAGUGCAGGCAAUGCGGAAAAUCUUUUAGCUAUAGUUCUGCCUUCCAUUGUCAUCAGCGAGUUCACACUGGAGAAAGGCCUUUUAAGUGUGAUGAAUGUGGGAAAUCUUUUACCUUUAGCUUUUGCCUCCGUCGUCAUCAGAAAGUUCAUACUCAAGUAAACCCUUAAAGUGUGAUGAAUGCAGAAGAUCUUUUAUCAAUAGUUCUGAACUUUGCCUGCAUUGCAGAGUUCGCACUGGAGAAAGGCCUUAUGAGUGCAGUGAACAGGGGAAAUCUUCUACAUGAAGCUCUGCCUUCCACUUUCAUCAAAGUGUUCACACUGGAUAAAGUACUCAUGAGAGCAGUAAAUGGGGAAAUCCUUUUUGUGUACCACUCACCUCAAUUCCCAUCAAAUCGUGCACAUCUAGAAACAUUUAAGAGUGUGGUGAAUGUGGGAAAUCUUUUCUCUGUUGUAUGAACUAUCAUGUUAUCAGAGACUACAUACAGGAGCAAAGUUUUAUGCCUGCAGAGAACGUGGGACGUGCUUUAUCAGUAACCUUCCUUAUCCUUGGAGACUUCACAUGGAGAAAGGCCUCAUGAGUGUGGUGAAAGUGGGAAACACUUUUUCUGUAGCAUUCCCCUUGGUUGUCAUCAGAGAGUUACCCUGGAGAAUGGCCAUAUGCUUGCAGUGAAUUUGGGAAAUGUUUUUCUUGUAUCAGUGAUUUCCACUAGUAGGAUAGAGUUUAUGCUGCAGAAGUGCAAUUUAAGUGAUGUGAAUAUGAGACAUGUUUGAACUGUAGCCAUUCCCUUUAUUGUCAUUAGAAAAUUCACAAUGUCUAAGUUCUUAUAACUUAAGGAAGUUUGGGAAAUCUUUUAUUAUCUAUCCAUUGCCUUUGUUAUCGUCUGAGAAGUCACACAGAAGAAAUGUUUUUAUAUACAGGCAAUAUGAGAAUUUUAUUUUGUAGCACAAUCCUGCAUUAUACUCCAAGUUUCACUCUGGUGAAAGGCCUUAUGGGUACAGGGAAUGUGGGAAAAUGUGUUUUUAUUGUUUUUCCUUUCUUAUCAAAGAAUUUACUCAGGAGAUAGGUUUUAUGAUGACAUGAAAUGUGGGAAAUCUUUCACCUCAUUUCCUUAGGCGAGUUAUGUAUGGUUCACACUGGUUAAAGGCUUCAAGCAUGAAAUGAACAUUGGACAUCCUUAGCCAUAAGUCUUUACCCCUCUGACGUUGUAUAGUUCUCUUUGUAAAAUGUUAGAUUGUAGGAAAUGUGUUUUUUUUUUUUUUCAGUGUAAUGACACUGAAGAAAACUUUAUGAAAAUGUCUGAGUUUAAUUUUAUGUGUUCACAGUGUAGAGAUGUCUCAGAUGUUUAAUAUUUAAAUUUUGAAGUAACAAACAAAAUAUGAUCUAAACUAAUCAUGCCUUUAUGCAUUCAUAGUUACAGUGUAUGAGGGCUGC